AUGGCUGGCCAGCAGCUUGGUGGCCUACGGGACAGCACAGCGUAUCAAGGCUUCCUGGACGAGGAUAGCGUGUCGCCUUUCGCCAGAAUUGCGUGCCUGUGCCUAUUCGUGACAUUCAAAGAGGCGGGAAGGAAAGAGAAAUCCAAGUUGCAAAUUCCACACCUGCGAAGAGGAGUGCGUUGCAAGCGCUUGGUCCAUGUUCUGACGUCACGGCUGCCCAGAGGGCGUACACCUCGAUCACCAAAGAUAGCAUUCCUGGGGCGUGCGUUCAGCGUGCUGUGGAUCGACCUAUUGCGCAUACUGCUCAGCAACGCAGCCUACUACUUCUGCAUAUUCGCAAGGAUUCCCGCUCUCGAACUACUGAUCAACAGCAGAGGGAAAAACGACCUGAUGCUCUCGUCGCUGCUGUUCAUGGCGACAUGCGUCGGCGAGUGUCUCCUGUCUUCGUACAACUUGGAUCUGAUUGCCAUCACCGGGAGCCGCAUCAGGGCACUCCUACAGGGAGUUAUCUUCAGAAAGGCGACGCUGCUGUCACCGGCGGAUGCCCAGCCCACCGGGUACGUGGCUUCACUGAUGGGCGUGGACAUCCCGCAGCUCUGCAACUGCCUCUACACCCUGCUGCUGCCCGGCUUCGGGGCCCUGACGCUGCCGAUUCUCUUCUGGAUGUUGUCGGAGAGGGCUGGAGCGGUGCCCGCGAUCUGCUGCGCUGCCUGGGCGAUCGUGACGCUCCUCGCACCCAUGGCCUUACUGUACGCACAAAAGCGCUUCUGGGACGUGGAAAUCAAGGCGCGUGACGAGAGGCUUAAAUUAAUUACGGAUGUCCUGUGCAACGUCCGCGUCGUGAAAAUGUAUGCCUGGGAAGACGCCAUGCAAGAGAACGUGCUUCGAUCGAGGAAAGUGGAGCUUAGAAACCUGCUUGCGAUCAACGUGCUCAACUCUGUCCUCGAUGCGCUGUGCAGCUCCUGUAGUUCCGUGAUGAUGAUUAUCCUCUUCUCGACCAUGUCAGUCUUCGAACCUGAUCGCGCCCUCAGUCCCGAGUUGACAUUCUCAUGCAUCGCUUUGCUGUACAUUACCGACUUGAUGGCCAACGGCCUUGCUCUUCUGUUUAGGAAUCUCAGCAAGGGUGCAGUUGCACUGAAGCGUAUCUCCGGAUUUUGCACCGCUGAGGAAUAUGGCGAAGAAAAGGAGUCGCAGGAGGACUGCUUCAGUACGAAGGGUACGAGUGUGAGGAGCAAGUGGUCAUAG